AUGGCUCAACGGAAACUACAUUGCAGAUGUUUGAGAAGCAAGUUGCGGCUGAUGAAGAGCGCUUCAUUGGUUAAACGUGAAGAUAGGCGAGAGACUGAACGGACCAACCUCGAGAGGGAUUGUAUUGAACGUGAAGACAAGCGGGAAAAAUCACGAGACCGGAAGGACAACCAGGGACAUGCCGAUCAACUUGAAUGGGAGCGCAAAAAAUUUAACCGUGAGGAAAAGUUGGUCACAGAUUGA